AGCUUCUGAAUAAGGGUGUACACCCAGAGCUGUCUGGAUUAAAAUGCACGCUCUUUCCCGCUCUGAGAUGUCAAAAGGUUAGGAGUCAGGGCUCCACCUGCUUCCCAGGUGCUGGAAAUCCUUCCUGGGGUGGCUCUGCCCAACACUUUGGAAUGCAAGCUCCCUUUAGCAAGCGCUUGUUUAGCAUAGUUUCCCCGCUGGCCUGUCUGUCUAAGGCACUCAGCGAAUAUUAAAAUAGCCCUAAUCAUAAAGUAGCAGGCAGUCAACCGUGUAGCCUUCUUACUCAGGGGGAGGAGAAUAGCUCACUUUCCCUGGAGGGCCUGAGAAAAUGCAGUUUACUGGCGUCAGCAUGAGGUGUGACCCUUCUUCCCUCCAUCUUUGCUCUCGCCCACGCCUCUGGUGACCAUCUUCUUGCGUUAGCCCAGAGUCUGGGCAGGAAACUUGACCAGGCCUCCUUUUCUUCUCCACCCAACAAACACAUCAUCAGUCCUUUCAUUGAGCUGGCUUCUGAUUGGAGGCCGGUUGCUUUGGAUAAUGACCUUUAGGACCCUUCUGUUGGUCACAGCCUGUUCCUAUUAUUCUUACCACACCUUAAGACGUCUGCAGUGGGACGUGAGGGUAAGUAAAAGACCAGUAUUUUCAUAUCCCCAGGUACCAGAAACACAGAAGACGCUGACAGGGUUCCAGCCACCUGAGUGGUCCAGGACCAGCAUCUGUCCAUGUGUCCCUUCUGACAGUCUGCUUGCCAAGAUGAGGGACCUUCUUCAGUACACCGCCUGCUUCUUUGCCUUUUUCUCUGCUGGAUUUUUGAUUCUGGCCACCUGGACAGACUGUUGGAUGGUGAAUGCUGAUGACUCCUUGGAGGUGAGCACAAAAUGCCGUGGCCUCUGGUGGGAGUGUGUCACAAAUUCUUUUGAUGGGAUUCGCACCUGCGAUGACUACGAUUCUAUCUUUGCUGAGCACUCCUUGAAGCUGGUGGCAACGCGGGCGUUAAUGAUUACUGCAGAUAUUCUGGCCGGGUUUGGGUUCGUCACUCUUCUCCUUGGCCUUGACUGUGUGAAAUUCCUCCCUGAUGAGCCCUAUGUCAAAGUCCGCAUCUGCGUUGUGGCUGGAACCACACUGCUAUUAGCAGGUGUCCCGGGAAUCGUUGGCUCUGUGUGGUACGCUGUUGAUGUUUAUGUGGAACGUUCGUCUCUGAUUUUGCACAAUAUAUUUCUUGGCAUCCAAUAUAAAUUUGGUUGGUCCUGUUGGCUUGCAAUGGCUGGAUCUCUUGGUUGUUUUUUGGCUGGUACCAUUCUUACCUGCUGCUUAUACAUCUUUAAAGGUGUGGGACCUGAGAGGAGCUAUCCUUACUCCAUGAGAAAGGCUUAUUCAGCUGCGGGGGUUUCCAUGACCAAGGCAUACAUAGCCCCUCGAACAGAGACUGCCAAAAUGUAUGCUGUAGACACGAGGGUAUAAAAUGCCACCCACCAGCCUGUGUUUCGAUAUUAUUUAAUUAAUCCAUUCCUAUGUUCA